GUAUAAUUGUCAUGCAUGCACAGUGCAUGCCGGUUCCUCCAUUCGGUUAUUGAUAAUCACGCAGUUAUUUUGGUAUGUACGUACCGAGCCAAAUCUGAUAGUGGAACGCGUGUACUACAUCCUUUUACUAUUACGGUAACUCUAGUUAAGAAUAACCUGUAUAAGAAUCUUUUAGUUCCAACUUAACAAUAGCUGAGUGAAACAUCAAAACAACCAUGAGCCUUAAAGCGAUCAAAUAUAACAACGGAAAACUAGAAAUUUUGGACCAGCUGUUGCUCCCAGCUCAAUCGAAGUACAUUGAUGUUAAUGGAGUUGAAGAUGGCUGGAAAGCAAUUAACAAAAUGCAGGUUCGAGGCGCUCCGGCCAUAGCCAUCGUCGGCUGCUUAUCGCUGGCCGUUGAAAUUUUCGAUGAAACAUUUGACACCAAGCAAUCGCUCAAGCAAGAAGUGGAAGGCAAAUUGAACUAUCUGGUAUCCGCUCGGCCCACGGCGGUCAAUAUGAAACUGGCCGCUGAGGAUUUGAUUGUGCUGGCGAACGCUUUGUCACAAGAUGAAUCGGUUUCGGUGGAUGUAAUGAAGGAAAGGUUCCUAAAGGCAAUUGAAGCUAUGCUCGAAAAGGAUAUUGCCGACAAUAUGGCGAUCGGUAAAAAUGGGGCCGAUAUUAUUCUUUCCAACAUUCCUAAUGGUAAUUCAGUGAAGGUUCUGACGCACUGUAAUACUGGAUCGUUGGCAACUGCAGGUUAUGGAACUGCACUGGGAGUUAUAAGAAAACUUCAUGAAUUGAAUCGGCUUGAGCACGUUUUCUGCACCGAAACAAGGCCCUACAACCAGGGCGCUAGAUUGACGGCCUACGAGCUAGUUCAUGAUAAGCUACCAGCUACGUUGAUUUUAGACAAUAUGGUUGCAUCGCUGUUCAAAUCCCGUCGGGUGGCCGCAGUGGUUGUUGGUGCGGACAGAGUUGCUGCAAAUGGUGACACGGCCAACAAGAUUGGAACCUACCAGAUUGCAGUAGUAGCAAAGUAUCACGAUGUGCCAUUCUAUGUGGCAGCUCCGUUCACAUCGAUUGAUUUGACUAUUCCAUCGGGCGAUCGUAUUGUGAUUGAAGAACGUCCCGACCGUGAAAUGACACAUGUAGGAGAACAUAGAAUAGCCGCACCAGGUAUUACAUGUUGGAAUCCUGCCUUCGAUGUAACCACCGCUGAUCUUAUUACCGGGAUCAUAACUGAAAGAGGAGUUUUCAAACCAGCUGAACUAAGCAAAAAGGUAGAGGAAAUUCUAUCGGCGAACAACAAAUGACGGAAAGUAUAAAGGCAUUGUGCACAAUAAAUUUUUAAUAUUGCUUUUACGGAAAAAAA